GUACCACGCUUCCAUCUUCUUUCUUGCGCGCGUGAUCCCAUCCUCGGGCUCCCUUGCUGGUCAACGCGUGCGGAAGACACUCGAGCCAUCCGAGCUGCAUCCGCACCAUGAACCUGCUUGUGGGCUUACCAUGCGCCUCCUCUUCUGUUCUGCUCGAGCUUGUGUAUGCUAACAACUCACCUGUCCGACCUUUUCCGAUGCUUCACGCCGGAAGAGGGCAACGGAGGUGGAGGGAGUGGAUCGAUCACUAGCAAUGCCACCACAAGCAACGGAAAUGGUAAUGGAGGCGGUGGCAGCUCUAGCUCCAGCUCUACAACCUCUUCGAGCAGCACAUCCUCCUCUUCCACGUCAUCGAGCUCUAGCACAACGUCUUCUACCUCUUCCACAACAUCAUCAUCGUCCACAUCGACAUCUAUAGCUAUUCUGACGACUACGUCGACCGUCCAGACGACCGUCACCCCCUCUCGUUCGCCCAUCAUCGUUCAGACAACCGUCCAGUCGACCAUCUCAAGCUCCGUCCCCACCAAUACAGGCGGCCUGAACAAUGGCAGCAACGGCUCGUCGAGCUCGUCCGGCUUCUUUGACAACAAAGGCGCCGUCGGCGGCACGUUUGCCGCCGUCGCCAUCGUCGCCAUCGCGCUGAUCACGCUGCUGAUCUGGGCGCUGAUGAGGCGGCGGAGGAAGAACCAGAUGGACGCAGACAUUGUUGCAGCCACCACCGCUGGCCCUGCGACGACGCGGACGCCGUUCGACGAUGACGACCCAGAGAUGAUCGAGGAUCCCAACUACGGCACCACCGCCAUUGGCAGCCCUGCGUUCAACGGGGGCAGCCUGUCGCAGGGUCACUACUAUAACGAAGGCUAUGAGCCGAGCCACUUCUCCAAUGCCAGCCCCGGCUACGCGGGCAUGGGCGCGUAUGGCCCGGGUCCAGGUGUGGGCAUAGGGGCAGCAGCAGCAGGCGCAACAGCAGCUGGUGCGGUCGGCAACGCGUUCGGCGCGUACUAUGCAGGCCAGACCGGCUACGGCUCGCAGCAGGACCACUACUAUGACCCGAACAACCCGCAGGCGGCAGCUGGCGGCGGCGCAUACAGCCACGAGGGAAGCUACUACCCAACCAGCCCGCAGAUGCACAGCGCCGACACAACCUACGCGCCGCACGACGCGCAGUAUGUCAGUGCUGCCGCGUGGCCCACCGCGGCGUACCACCCCGGCACGACUCACUCGCCCCCGCCGCAGCAGAUGCUGCCAGAGGGCGAGGGCAUGCCGUUCGCGACGCACAACUCUUCGCGCGCGCUCAGCAGCGGCGGCGGCCCGGUGGACACGUACGGCGAGGCGCAGCUGCUUGCACCCGGUGUGUUCAACGAUGCGCACCAGAGCCAGCAGCAGCACUCGCCGCAGCCCGAUGCCGCCGGCGUGCUGCAGCACCCGCACGGCACGGGCUCCUCGUCGCACACCACGGUUGGCAUGUCCGGCCCCAAUGCCAGCACUGGAUCGCUCAAGGAGGGCCAGGAUGACGGGCGCAAGCUGCAGAUCACCAAUCAAUAGAUGCUGCCCGACCGACUGACUGGCCGACCGAGCAUCGCCCUUUCUCUUUUUAUUGGGCCGUCCCACAUGCAGCAACGACGAAGAUGAGGAGGCGGAAGAGAGCAAUGCUAUAACGCAGCGGCAUUGUCUUUAGAGCUGUUUC